UUGUUUACAGCAGCUCCUUUCUUGACAACCCUUCUGUUGGCCAUCAAGUCCAAUUUCUUUGAAAGAGGGGAUUGCUUUUGCUGGGUACGACCGGACUAUGUUGUCUACGCUGUAGUUCUACCUACAUCACUCCUGGUUUUGAAUGCAAUAUUUUGUACAAUUGUAAUAUGUAUGCGACUUUUUUGCAAUGGAAAGUUUAGCAAAGCGGUGAGACAACAUCAAACGCGGGUAACGUCUAAAAUUGGCGCCGUUCUCGUCAUGCAAUUGUCAAUCGGCAUGCCUUGGGUUCUACAAUAUUUCACUAUUUAUUCACCUUACGCAACUAUUUGGCACUACAUCUUUACUACUGUAAUGGGUUCGCAAGGUACGCUACUUGCGCUGCUGUUUUACUAUAAAAGAAGGAAGUCGACAUCAUUUUAUCGAGCUUCACAUAUGGGACAUACUACGAAGGAGGAGUCUUCGAUGGACAGUGAUUAAAG